CGCUUCCUGGCGGCUCCGCGUCCGGCGCCUGUUUGUGCUGCGGCGGCUGGGGCCCGGGACGGCCCCGCCACCCGACUCCCGGGAGCCCAGAGCGGUCCCGGGAGAGUCCGAGGCCCGCACGGGCCGGGGAGACCGCGACCCCGGCCCCACAGCGCCCCCUCCAGGCCCUUUCCCCGCACCCGACAGCGCCCCCGAGGGGUGGCACGGCACCCCUGCGUGCGCGCGUCCCGGGGUGCUUCCCUUUCCCCCCUCCCCGGCUAUGGCCCCCGCGGCUUAGACGCCGCCGCCGCCGCCGCUCCGAGCAGCCCGGGGGCCGAAUGGAGGGGGCCGCGGGGCCCGGUGAGGGCCCUACGCAGGAGGCCCUGCAGUCCUUGAGCCAGAGGCUACGUGUGCAGGAGGAGGAGAUGGAGCUGGUAAAGGCAGCCCUGGCAGAGGCCCUUCGCCUGCUGCGGCUGCAGGCAGCCCCCGGCUCCCUGCAGGGCUUGGGUGUGCCAGCUCCUGCCAGAGCCAGCAGCCCUGCAGUGCCCCCAGGACUGCCGCCCACCUGCAGCCCAUCCUUGGUGAGCCGAGGCACCCAGACAGACCCAGAGGUUGUGGAGACAGAGCCAACCCCUGGACCUCCUGGCCUGAGCAACGGGCCCCCCGUCCCUCAGGGAGGCAGCGAGGAGCCUAGUGGCACGCAGUCUGAGGGAGGGGGCAGCAGCAGCAGUGGUGCUGGCUCCCCCGGCCCCCCAGGGAACCUUCGGCCUCUGCAGCCCCCACCGCGUGGCGCUGACACGCCUCGCAGAAACUCUUCGUCAUCCUCUCCCUCUGAACGGCCUCGGCAGAAGCUGUCCAGAAAGGCGGCUUCCUCGGCUAACCUGUUACUGCGGUCAGGGAGCACUGAGAGCCGUGGUGGGAAAGAUCCCCUGUCCAGCCCUGGGGGCCCCGGAUCCCGGAGGAGUAAUUACAAUUUGGAAGGCAUCUCCGUGAAGAUGUUCCUUCGCGGCCGCCCCAUUACCAUGUACAUCCCGUCUGGCAUCCGCAGCCUUGAGGAGCUGCCAAACGGCUCACCCCCAGAGACCCUCAGCCUUGACUGGGUGUAUGGCUAUAGGGGUCGAGAUUCCCGUUCUAAUUUGUUCGUGCUGCGCUCUGGGGAGGUAGUCUACUUCAUCGCUUGCGUGGUGGUGCUGUACCGGCCUGGGGGAGGCCCAGGGGGUCCUGGAGGAGGUGGCCAGAGGCAUUACCGGGGGCACACGGACUGUGUUAGAUGCCUUGCCGUUCACCCUGAUGGUGUUCGUGUAGCUUCGGGACAGACAGCCGGAGUGGAUAAGGAUGGGAAGCCCCUGCAGCCAGUGGUUCACGUCUGGGAUUCAGAAACGCUGCUGAAGCUGCAGGAGAUUGGACUGGGGGCCUUCGAGAGGGGUGUGGGGGCCCUGGCCUUUUCUGCUGCGGACCAGGGUGCCUUUCUGUGUGUUGUGGAUGACUCCAAUGAGCACAUGCUGUCGGUGUGGGACUGCAGCCGGGGAGUGAAACUGGCUGAGAUCAAGAGCACAAAUGACUCAGUCCUGGCCGUUGGCUUCAGCCCUCGUGACAGUAGCUGCAUUAUCACCAGUGGGAAAUCUCAUGUCCAUUUCUGGAACUGGAGCAUUGGAGUCGGGGUGUCUGCGGCGAACGGGACCCUCUCUCGGAAACAGGGUGUCUUUGGGAAAUACAAGAAACCCAAGUUUAUUCCAUGCUUCGUGUUCCUCCCUGAUGGAGACAUUCUAACUGGAGACUCAGAAGGCAACAUUCUCACUUGGGGGCGGAGCCUCUCAGAUUCCAGGACCCCAGGCAGGGGAGGAGCCAAAGAGACCUACGGUAUCGUGGCCCAAGCCCAUGCUCACGAAGGCUCCAUCUUUGCCCUGUGUCUGCUGCGGGAUGGGACAGUGCUGAGUGGUGGCGGACGGGACCGCCGGCUGGUACGGUGGGGGCCUGGGUUGGUGGCCCUCCAGGAGGCUGAGAUUCCAGAACACUUCGGGGCUGUGCGGGCCAUUGCUGAAGGGCUUGGUUCUGAGCUUCUGGUGGGCACCACCAAGAAUGCGUUGCUCAGGGGUGAUCUGACCCAGGGCUUCUCCCCCGUGAUACAGGGCCACACGGAUGAGCUCUGGGGACUCUGCACACAUCCCUCCCAGAACCGCUUCCUUACCUGUGGCCAUGACCGGCAGCUCUGCCUGUGGGACGGGGAGGGCCACGCGCUGGCCUGGAGCAUCGACCUUAAGGAGACUGGUCUCUGUGCUGACUUCCACCCGAGUGGGGCGGUUGUAGCUGUGGGACUGAACACAGGGAGAUGGUUGGUGUUGGACACAGAGACCAGAGAGAUCGUCUCUGAUGUCACUGAUGGCAACGAGCAGCUCUCUGUGGUCCGGUACAGCCCAGAUGGGUUGUACCUGGCCGUGGGUUCCCAUGACAACAUGAUCUACAUCUAUAGCGUUUCCAGUGACGGUGCCAAGUCUAGCCGCUUUGGCCGCUGUGUGGGCCACUCCAGCUUCAUCACGCACCUUGACUGGUCCAAGGAUGGGAACUUCAUCAUGUCCAAUUCUGGAGACUAUGAGAUUCUUUACUGGGACGUGGCUGGAGGCUGCAAGCUGCUGAGGAAUCGCUAUGAGAGCCGAGACCGGGAGUGGGCCACCUACACUUGUGUGCUGGGCUUCCACGUGUACGGUGUGUGGCCCGAUGGCUCCGAUGGCACCGACAUCAACUCGCUGUGCCGGUCCCACGACGAGCGCGUUGUAGCGGUGGCCGACGACUUCUGCAAAGUGCAUCUCUUCCAGUACCCCUGCGCGCGUGCCAAGGCGCCGAGCCGCGUGUACGGGGGACACGGCAGCCAUGUGACCAGCGUCCGGUUCACGCACGACGACUCGUACCUCAUCUCGCUAGGCGGCAAGGAUGCCAGCAUCUUCCAGUGGCGAGUGCUGGGCCCUGGGAGCUCGGGGCCGUCGGCCGCCACACCCUCCCGGACACCGUCCUUGUCUCCUGCCUCCUCCCUGGAUGUCUGAUCACUGCCGGACUGACCGGACCGACUGGCUGGACCCCUUUUCUUAGACUUACAGACAUUCCCGAGUGCGCCUCUCCCCGGGACAG